AAUGCGUGGAUGUUUUGUUAGUGGUUGCAAUGGCGGAAUCGAUUCUAUUCAAUGUUGCGGCAUCCCUUGUUACCAAAUUGGGGUCUCCUGCUAUCACAGAGUUUCAAUUGUUUUGGGGCGUUCAUGAUGAGCUUGAUAAACUCAAGCAUACUAUUUUAGCAAUGGAAGCUGUGCUUCUUGAUGCAGAGGACCAACAAUCCAACAGUCAUGCAGUGAAGAAUUGGAUUUCAAGGGUCAAAGAUGCUUUCUAUGAAGUCCAUGACUUGAUUGAUGAGUUCACUUAUGAAACCUUGAGGCACCAAGUUAUGGGCAAAGGUAAAAGAGGGGUGAAAGAGGUUCUCCCACAAUUUGAUCAAUUUCCUUGUCUCAAGUGUUUGGGUCUUAAAUCAUUACCGUGCAUUGAGUACAUUGACAACGAUGGUUAUCGUUCUUCAUCAAUAUUUUUUCCAUCCCUUGAGAAAUUAAGCAUCAUAGACAUGCACAAUUUAAAAGGAUGGUGGAAGGGUGAAACUUCAUCAGAAGGAACUCCAAAUAAUGCAUCAUUUCCUAUAACAAUGUCUCCUUUGUGAACUAAAGAUCGACGAUUGUCCUCCGUUGGCUUCAAUUCCUUGGCAUGCACCUUUGAAGUUACUGGAAAUACGUGCAGUUAGUUUACAACUACUUAAUGUGAUAAUUGAGAAGACUGCUAAUCCUUCAUCUACUCCGUCUAAAUUAUCUCAUGUUUACCUAAGUAAAAUUGAUGAUCUUGAGUUUCUGCCAAAAGAGUUGUUCUAUCAUUUCACAAAUCUUUUGUUUCUUGUAAUAGAAGAUUGCAAAAACUUACAAUUAUCUUCCGCUCUUGUUCAACAUCCUACUAAUGAUGUACUAUGGAAAGAGUUUCAAAGUCUCCGCGUUUUAUUUCUUAGAGCAAUUCCGAAGUUGGAGUAUUUACCUAAUGGGAUGCAACAUGUGACAACUCUUCAACACAUUGGCAUAAACUCAUGUCCGAAUUUUAUAACUCUUCCAAAAUGGAUACACAACCUCACUUCACUCUCAAGCCUAUCCAUUUUCAAUUGUCCAAAGCUCACUUCAUUGCCGGAAUUGAUUCACCACCUCCGCUCUUUAGAAUUAUUGACAAUUUGGAAUAGCCCCAAAUUGAUAGAGAGGUACAAGGAAGGAAAAGGAGAAGAGUGGCAAAAAAAUUUCUCAUAUUCCUCACGUAAGCAUUUCAUAACUUUGAGACAUUGAAGAGAAGAAAAAUUUGUUCGUCUCUCAACUAUAGGCAUCAUCAGGUAUGUAAAGUCAUUUUCCUCUUAUUAUUUUUAUAAUUACUUAUAGAAUUAAUCGUGCAAUCAUUUCAAUUGAUUUCCCUAACUUGUCUUUAUACAACCAUGAUUAUUACAGCAUAUUCUCAAACAUAAGAGGUAAGACCCCAAGAAUUACAUUGGAUGAGGAUUAUUGUUAUGAUAUUAUUGUUAUGAUAUUGCUUCAAAGUUGUUCAUCUGAAAAAUUCACUCUUCAUUUGGCAAAAUCUUCAUGCAAAAAAAAAAAGGAAAUGAGAACAAUCAAGUUUCAAAUCAUUGUGGUACAAAUUCUAAUUUCAAGUAUAUCAUAUGUAUAUCAUACAUCAAUUAGCGUUCUUUUAAGGCAAACACAUGGACGCAUUAUUUUAAAUGCUAUUUUGAGUAUAUUAAUAAGAUGUCAGACAUCAAUCAAUCAACAUUUCAAUCAACAUUUCAUUUGAGUAAGAUCAUAGAUGUAUCAUUUUAUUAACAUUUUGCAUUCAUAAAUAAAGCACAUCAGUAGACUAUAAGACAUGGAUGUAUCAUUUCAUGAGACUUUGAAGGAUAUGAACUAACUAUGAAAAAUGGGUGUAUCAUCCCAUCAAAUUUUCAAGUAUUUCAGAACUUUUCAAACAAAUUGUUCAUAAUGAAUGUAAU